AUGGCUACUAAAGAUUCAGAUUCCGAGUCUAGUACUAGCUCUUCUGACAAUGAUUCCAAUUCUGGCUCUGACUCUGGGUCUGGUUCCAAAUCAGAAUCUGAUUCUGAGAAUGACUUAACUGAGGCUGAAAUCUCGAAAAUUAUCAAUGCUUCUAAACAGAAAGGCAUUACCACUUCUAACAUGCUUGAAAAGGUCUUACUCCCGCAUCAGUUAGAGAAACUUAAAUCUGAAGAUAAAUAUUUAGCUCAAGAUGAUAAAUCUUCAGUAUCUGAUCAAAUUUCUCAAGAGGCAGAAUGUGAUGAGGAUAAGAAUGUACCAUUAGAAAAAUGGUGUGCUCCUAGGUUAGAUAAAUCGGUAAAGUCCAGCAUCUAUGACUCGUCAAUUUUAUAUCCCGAAUUUGAUAAAUUUUCCUUACCUUCUUCUACUGCAUGUCUAAUACAGGCUAGUGUAUCCUCAGAAUAUAAGGGCUUUCCACCUGUUUUUUCUGUGGAGUCUUUGGCAAUGACAGCUGAUACAUUAUCUAAAGAUUGGGAUUCUAUAUGUAGGACAUUCAUGGUAGAAUUUGCUCAAGAUGAUAAAUCUUCAGUAUCUGAUCAAAUUUCUCAAGAGGCAGAAUGUGAUGAGGAUAAGAAUGUACCAUUAGAAAAAUGGUGUGCUCCUAGGUUAGAUAAAUCGGUAAAGUCCAGCAUCUAUGACUCGUCAAUUUUAUAUCCCGAAUUUGAUAAAUUUUCCUUACCUUCUUCUACUGCAUGUCUAAUACAGGCUAGUGUAUCCUCAGAAUAUAAGGGCUUUCCACCUGUUUUUUCUGUGGAGUCUUUGGCAAUGACAGCUGAUACAUUAUCUAAAGAUUGGGAUUCUAUAUGUAGGACAUUCAUGGUAGAAUUUGUUCUUUGGGAUCAGCCUAUACCUCACUUCUAUGACGACGACUCUAAUCGAAAUACUAAUGUACCAAAUUCUACCAUGAAUGUCCUACAUAUAGAAUCCCAAUCUUUAGAUAAUGUAUCAGCUGAGGUGGCACAGCCAAAUAAGCAAAUAAAAAUAAAGAGAUCUAAGCCCAGUCGAAUAUCCAACCCACCUGUCAUUGCCAAAGACUCCACAGAAAAAACAGGUGGAAAGCCCUUAUAUUCUGAGGAUACACUAGCCUGUAUUAGACAUGCAGUAGAAGAAGGUAAGGAAAAUUUAUCAAAUUCGGGAUAUAAAAUUGACGAGUCAUAG